CAACCAAUUGGUAUUUUAUCUUAUAUACCCCAGAAAGGUUUUACCGUAUAGAAAGUGAGUAUAGUAUUAGAAUUAACAGAGAUGCUUUGAAAGAUGAUUCGGAACUAUGUAAAGAUGUAAAAAAAGUUGUACAGGUACUUGUUAGUCUAUUGAAGGAUAGGGUCGAAGUAGAUGAGUCCCCUGAUCAUUGUAGUCCCGAAGAAUGGAGUGAAUAUUGUGCGAUGCCCAA